AUGGAAUUCAUCUUUGGGUCGCGCAAGACCCCGCAGGAGUUGCUCCGGCAGCAUCAGCGCGCUUUGCAGCGGGCCCAGCGGGAUUUGGACCGCGAGAGGGCUAAGUUGGAACAGCAGGAGAAGAAGCUUAUCGUGGAUAUCAAGAAGGCUGCGAAGGCUAACCAAAUGAACGCGUGUAAGAUCAUGGCAAAAGACCUUGUUCGCACUCGCCGGUACAUUCAGAAAUUUUACCAAAUGCGAACCCAACUGCAGGCAGUGUCGCUGAAGAUUCAAACGCUCCGCUCAAACCAACAAAUGGCCGAAGCGAUGAAAGGCGUAACCAAAGCCAUGCGCUCCAUGAACAAGCAAAUCAAUUUACCAGCUAUACAAAACAUCAUGAUGGAAUUCGAAAAGGAGAGCGAAACGAUGGACAUGAAGGAGGAGAUGAUGAACGAUGCUAUAGACGAUGUGAUGGAGGAUGAAGGAGAUGAGGAGGAAACGGACCAGAUUGUGAAUCAGGUUUUGGACGAAAUUGGGAUUUCCGUGGAUCAAGCGGUAUGUGGAUGCAUACCAUUAGCACGAAAGUCACGUGAGGUCGGCAGGUACUUAUACGACCGUACACCGUACGUUUUACAGCUCCCAGAAGCAUCGCGAUCGAAAAUGGGCAACUCGGCUGGCAAAGAGCAGGGAGACGCGAUGAUGGCAGACGACGCGGCAUUGCAAGCUCGUUUAGACAACUUACGGCGGGAGUGA